CAAUCACUUCGCGAGAUAUUUCUAAUUUGAUAACAAAAAAUAAUUGAAACAACAAUAGAAUUAUGUUUUCCUGAUAAAAGCAAGACUCAAUAACAUAAGUGUACACCGUACCACCGUUUGUGAUGCAUUUGAUACAUAGUUAAUAAGUGAAUUUAGUUAAUUCGUCGUGUUAUUACAAACCAAUCAGGCUGUAAAAUGACUGACUACACUGUUAGGAUAGCGGCAGAAUCUCUGCUGGGAGGCAGUUCGCAGUAUAGGGCACUAUCUCAUUCACAAUCUGUCAACCUGGUGACAGAGGACCUGGUGGCAGGCCACCGGCCAGAUGGGAGGAUGUCGACUGUCAGGCGGUUUUUCUGUCUGUUUGCCACCUUCGAUUUGCUGUUCACUAGUCUCAUGUGGCUCAUAUGUGUAAUGAUGAAAGGCGAGACGCUAGAACAGAUAUUAAACAGAGAAAUAGUACAUUAUAGCAUUAAAGUAUCCCUAUUCGACGUUGUUCUGGUGGCGAUAUGUAGGUUCUUCUUAUUGCUGCUAUUCUACGGCGUGCUGUAUAUACAUAACUGGAGCGUUAUAGCGCUCACCACGUCAGGAACGUGUGCCUUUUUAAUAGCAAAAGUUUUUGUAUUUGAUUGGCCGAACGCGGCAGAACCAGUGUUCCAAGUAUUCCUAAUCCUGGCUUCUUUUACGCUGUCCUGGGGCGAGGCCUGGUUCCUGGACUUCCGAGUACUACCCCAGGAGUUGCAGGCCAAGCAGAUCAUAGAGGCUAUAGCAGGCCACCACAACCAGAGUUCCGAGCGAACGCCGCUCUUACCCGGCAAGCCUCAAGGCGUAGCGUCGACAGUAGGCGAAUCUACUGCCCAUUGGUUUUCACCAGUCGAGUCCCCUGCCGGCACACCGCGCCCGGGGAUACAUCACCUAAUACUAACACAAGAGCAGAUAGACGAAUACAAACGAAUGGCAGAAGAGAGUAUGCAGCAAGCCUACAAAGUGAUCACACUGCCAAACUGGAAGUUUGAGAAACGUGGCGUUACUAAAGGGGACAUAGUGGAAAGUAGGCAGACGGAGGCAUUUGGCAAAGUGUACCGGUUUACUGGCCUAGUGGACUGCCCUGCGGAGUUCCUGUUCAGAGAGUUCAAAGAUAACGUCACCAAACUGUCGGACUGGAACCCAACCAUACUGCGGAGUGAACUAAUCAAGGAGAUCGGACCGGGAAUAGAUCUAACAUACCAAGUGACGGCGGGCGGUGGGAGGGGUAUCAUAGCGCCGCGCGACUUUGUCAACUUGCGGCGUUGCGCGCCGCUCAACAAACAGGGUAUGGUGGUGGAAUCGGACCCCUACAGCUACAUCAGCAGCGGGGUCAGUGUCACAGUGCCCGGAUAUCCCCCCAACAAGGAUCCCGUCAGGGGUAACAACAAAGUGGGUUGUUGGUACUUGAAGCCAGUCCUGGUGAGAAUGCCAGACGGUACAGAAACGUACCAAACGCAGUUCCAAUGGCUCAUGUGCUGUGAUCUCAAAGGUAAAAUCCCUCAGUUCGUGCUGGACGCCGCCUUCGCCACAGUCAUGCUGGAUUACAUCGUUCAUGUCAGAAAAUUCACAGCUGAAGCCAGGGCCAAAGGGUUGUUCUAACUAAUAUUAUUUAACCCUAAGGGCCGGUACAGACGCACUGCAACCCGAUUGCAAUCUGUAUGGAGACUUGCCAACUGCAACAUCGGCGUGCAGUUCUCAUACAGGUUGCACCCCACACUAUGGCUGCUGCUAGACGCAACGUUGACGCGACUGCGUGCGACCAACCCCCUUAUUCAUAAAACUUUACUGGCCUGAAUAAAUAUUGUUUUAUCCCUUUCUUACAAAUGCAUAAGUCAUAAUGACAGAAAGACAAACAAUAGGGUAUUUUACUGACGAAACGCUUCAUACAACACGGCAUUACAUCGUGACGUCAGCAUGUAACGUAGCUAUUGCUUAGAAGCCGUGGAAAACAAGGAAAUUGCGAUUUUGUCGGUGAAAUAUUGCGUUUAAGUAUAUUGUUUUUUUUUAUACUACGUCGGUGGCAAACAAGCAUACGGCCCGCCUGAUGUUAAGCAGUCUCCGUAGCCUAUGUACGCCUGCAACUCCAGAGGAGUUACAUGCGCGUUGCCGACCCUAACACUCCUCUCCCUCGAGCUCUGGCAACCUUACUCACCGGCAGGAACACAACACUAUGAGUAGGGUCUAGUGUUAUUUGGCUGCGGUUUUCUGUAAGGUGGAGGUACUUCCCCAGUUGGGCUCUGCUCUAGAUCUGGAAUGACAUCCGCUGUCCUGUGCCCUACCACACAAAGCGAGAUGUCAUUCACAGUGCCCAUACCUCUCUUUUGGACGUAGUUUAAGGACAUACCCGGACAUUUGGUUGAUAUACAAAAAAAAAUUAUAACGUGAGGAAUCGAAUGAUAUCAUUUUUUAUUUUAUUUGGAACUUUCAAGUUGUAUUUAUUUAUUAUUUUCAUAUUUUUGUUAAGUUUCCAGUUUUAUUGUGAUAAAUUGCUCAUUCACUAUCCAUUUAACUAUAAAUAUAUAGAUUUAGUUAUGAAAUUCAACACGUGUCAAAUACCCUAUUCAUAGCUAAUUCAGGCCAGUAACGUUUAUGAAUAACGCCAUAAAGAUUUCAAAAGUAAAGAUAAUAAUUCCGACUAAACAUUCUCGUUUGGUGCGUAAAAUAAAAUAAAAGAAAUUGGACAUGUGGUCCUUAGUACGGUUACUGCAUUUGCUGGCUACCUAUUUGACAACUACUGUGGUUAAAAUUCCAACCAAACCAAACCAAACUUUUGUAUAUAUCUGUGAAAAAAUCCAAAGCUCAUUUUGAGUUUGGCUAUCCGUAAAGCCCACUUGAUCCAUCCCACUAACUCGGGGUUACUGUUAAACCGUUAACCCAGUGUCAAAUUUAUCAUUUAUUUAUUGUAUUGUCAUGUACAUAAUAGGUGUUACAUAAUAUAAAGUCAGAUCAUGACACCCUGUAAGGGCACACAAUAGUAAUAUUAUUCUAGGCUAAUUACAUUUACUUAUUAGUAAUCAAUUUAAAUUAAAAUAAAAUAAAUGACCGCAAAUCUUAAAACUAAAUCUAAGAAUAUAUCGUCAAAAAUAAUUAUAUUGGUAAAUGAUUAAUUGAAUUGAUUUGUCAGUUUAUUAUUAAAUUUGUACUGGUAACCAUGGUAACUCCAGAUUUAACCGGUUAACCCCGGGUUAGUGCAUGGUGCAAGUGGCCUUUAGACUCUAAAUACGUGUAUAUAGUUAGUGCAUUAUAUAUUCUGCAACCAAAUUUUUAUUGUUUGGUUACGGUGACAGCUGUCAUCUCAAUAGGAUAUUUUGCGUUUUAAGGUUAUACAAUGUAUAUGGAGAUGACCGCUGUCACCGUACCCAAGCUAUAUGAAAAAUACUAUAAUGGACACAGGCGCCAAUCUCUUUAUUAUUGUAGUUUAGUUUUCUAGUUCAGUUAGUAAAGUUUUUAAGGCCCACUUGCACUAUCCCACUAACCCGGGGUUAAGCGGUGAAACCGUUAACCCAGUGUCGAUUGUACUGGUAACCAUGGUAACUCCAGGUUUCACUAGUUAACCCCGGGUUAUUGGAAUGGUGCAAAUGGGCCUAAGCGUAUGAAGUGGUCAUAAUGUUGUACACACUUUUCUCUCUAAUAUUUUAAGCCGUGUAGAUAUCAUUUUGAACACUUCUACCAUUUAGUUACUUUUGUUAACGUCGAAUUUAAUCGAAUUUAAACUCAACGUCCUUUAAAGAGAUAUGUAUAGUUUGAAUCUUCUCAAAUGAUUGAACCAUAAUUUACUUUCUGUUCAUAGUGUUCGUUUGUCUAUUUUGAUCUGUUUAUUGUUUCAUUCUCAAUUGCUCAAAGGUUGACUGGAAGAGAUCCCUUAUAGGGAUAAGUCCGCCUUUGUACAUUGUAUAUAUUUUUGUUCUUUUAUUGUGUUUGUAAUCUGUCUUAUGUACAAUAAAGUGUUUACAUACAUACAUGAUUUUUACGGCAAAGACCCUAAUCUGAGUAAUCUAUUAAACAAAAGCCAUUGUUUCUUUUGUGGGAGCGAGCGUGCCACGCGCUGAGACACAAUGGCCACGCGCUCAGUCACAAUGGUCACGCGCAUGCAUAAAAGAAACAAUGGCUUUUGUUUAACAGAUGUUUGCCGUAAAAAUCAUUGAGAAGAUUCAAACUAUACGAUGGUUAAAUAAUUUUGCAAUUAAGCUGCAGCUACACAGUACAAAAUUUUUGCAUUUUUAGGGUUCCGUACCCAAAGGGUAAAAACGGGACCCUAUUACUAAGACUCCGGUGUCCGUCUGUCUGUCACCAGGAUGUAUCUCAUGAACCGUGAUAGCUUGACAGUUAAAAUUUUCACAGAUGAUGUAUUUCUGUUGCCGCUAUAACAACAAAUACUAAAAAGUACGGAACCCUCGUUGCACGAGUCCGACUCACACUUGGCCGGUUUUUAGGGUUCCGUACCCAAAGGGUAAAAACGGGACCCUAUUACUAAGACUCCGCUGUCCGUCUGUCUGUCCGUCUAUCACCAGGCUGUAUCUCAUGAACCGUGAUAGCUAGAGCUAGACAGCUGAAAUUUUCACAGAUGAUGUAUUUCGGUUGCCGCUAUAACAACAAAUACUAAAAACAGAAUAAAAUAGAGAUUUAAGUGGGGCUCCCAUACAACAAACGUGAUUUUUGGCCGAAGUUAAGCAACGUCGGGCGGGUUCAGUACUUGGAUGGGUGACCGUUUUUAUAGUUAAUGGUACGGAACCCUUCGUGUGUGAGUCCGACUCGCACUUUGCCUGUUUUUUAAUGUCUCGUUCUACAUGUAUAUUACUAGUUUAUCUACAGAACCAAAGUUCAAAAAAAUGCAGUUAUUGCACUGCUUUUAUUUUGUAAGUUUCACCAAUUAUAGACUUAAGGUUAAAACGCUUGUAUAAGGUAUAAAUAAUACUUAUUUUUUAGUGAAAAUAAAAGAUUUUUGUACU